AUGGCUUUCGAGAUGUUGCAUGCCAUGUUUGACAGGGACCUGCAACUCGAUGCGUUUUCGUAUUGCUCCACCAUCAGCGCAUGCGAGAAAGCAAGCGUUUGGAUCAUGGCCCUUGGCGUCUUGACAGAGAUGAUAGAGUCCAAUCUUGGCCGAAGUACGAUUGCAUUCAGCUCUUCCAUCAGUGCGUGUGAGAAAAGUACUCAUUGGACAGCGGCACUGCAACUCCUAGCAGCCAUGGCUUGCGACACCGUGCAGCGCAACACCAUUACUUUUAACUCCGCGAUCACCGCAUGCAGCAGGGCCCAGCGGUGGCAACUCGUUGCGCAGCUUUUGUCGGACAUGUCUAGAGACCAGCUGCCACGGGACACCAUCACAUACAGUGCUGUUAUCAGUGCUUGCGAUAAAGCGAAGCGGUGGCUGCUAGCCCUCGACUUUUUCCGAAAUAUGGAAGUUGCGCAGAUCCGUAAGAAUACAGUAACAGUCAACGCAAUGCUGAGCGCCUGUGGGAAAGGUUUUGCUUGGGAAACUGCGUUGUACAUCCUGAAGGAGAUGACCGUGCCGGCAACCCACAUCACCUACGCCAGCAUUCUCAGCAGUUGCGGGCAUCAAGUCAAAUGGGAGCACACGCUCGCCUUGAUCAAGACAAUGGCUCAGUCGUGUUUCAUGGCAAACGGAGUGGAGGCAGGCUCCGCCCUAGCUGCCCUGCAAGGCGUCUUGGGAUUCGAGCGUGCUGCUGAUAUGCUCAAGGCUCUUCGAGGUGCUUACUUCGGCUCUAGCGGAUGGCAAGAUACUUUUGGAUGUUCUCGUCAUGGUGCCGCUUUCGGGCCGAUUGCCGAGAUGAGCGAAUACCGAGAAGACUUCAGAGCAGAGAGGAAGCCGCCUGGGCUGCCUUCAUUGACACUGCUGUACCGGUCCAGUGGCCUCGUCGCUGUCUCCAAGCCUGCGGGCUUCUCCACCGAAGAUGUGCUUCGCUGCUUGUCUGCGAAGCUGAAGACCAGAAUUACACAAGUCUCCCGCUUGGACCUGCCCACGUCUGGCGUGCUGCUUGCAGCAGUUGGCAGCGCAACUAGCCCCCAAGCCUGGUGGCUUUUGGCACAGUUUGCUGGGCGCCUGAUAUCAAAAACCUAUUUGUGCUUGUGCUUUGGUAAAGCACCAGCUGGAGCAGAAAGGGAAGUUUCCAGUCCACUGCUGACCACUCACUCUAAAUCUGGCAAGUCCGGAUACAGCCGGACACAGGUAUCUCCAUCCGGUUUGCCAUCAAAGACUCGCUACAAGGUUUUGGCUACGUUCGCAAGGCAGCAUCUGCUCGAAGAAGGAGUCUGUUUGCUAAAGGUGUGGCCUGUGACCGGAAGGACUCACCAAAUCCGGGCUCACUUGGCCAGCGUGGGCUUGCCUUUGGUGGGCGACGACAAAUAUUGCGAGGCAAGUGACGCCUCCAUGGAAGGCCUUGCUAAGCAGCGCGCGCUUGCCAUUUCGCAGUGGUGCCCCACGCUGUUCCUGCACUGCUGGGAGCUACGCUUCUUAGGUCUGGACGAACAGCCACUCAGCGUCCGUGCGGACCUGCCGAAUACAUUGCGACAAGCCCUUGAAAGUCUGUCAAUUCGCAGUGGCACCGUGCCACCCGAAGUUUGGAAGUGCAUG